AUGAAGACACCAAAAAAUUGUACAAAUUCUUCAAAUAUUCAAAUCCAGAACCAGGAAGAUGUUUUCGGUAUCACGAACUGUAACAGAGAUAUGAUGGCUCAAAAUAUUUCAUAUUGGUUGGGUGUAACAGGUCCAUCAUAUAACGUCGACACAGGGUGUAGUUCUACUCUUUAUGCGAUGGAUCAAGCUUAUAGGGCUAUACGUACUGGAGAAUGCGAUUAUGCAAUCGUCACUGGAUCGAAUCUUUGCCUUCACCCAUAUACGUCUCUACAUUUUGUUCGUUUAGGGGUGUUGAAUCAAGAUGGUCGCUGCAAAGUUUUCGACGAAGAUGCAAAUGAAUUUUUGCAAAAUGCGAAAACUGUUAGGAGAAUCAAUGCUAGGAUUAUUCAUGUUAAAACGAAUUCUUGUAUUCCUUACAUCGAAGCUCAUAAUACCAGAAUGAAAAUCGAAGAUUCUGAAGAACUGAAAUCCAUAGAUCACAUAUCCACUAAAAAUAAAACUAAUCCUCUUAAAAUUGGUUCCGUGAAUAUGACUGAGACUUCAUUGGAAGCUGAAACCGGAAUUUAUGUAGUGAAAAUACAACCGGACUUACUUAAUAGAGACAAUCUUUAUAUAUUCAGCAAAUAA